AUUUCGUAUUUAUUUUUCAUAGUAAUCAGUAAGUUUUUCCUCCAAGAUCGUAAAGUGAUUUUUGAAAAAGUUAAAAUCGGUUUAAUUGCUUAAAAAAUCGCAUAAAUUAGUACAAAUUACGGACAACUCGCGCACAAAAAUCGAAUUACGAGUGUUUAAAGUGUUAUCAGUGUAUUUGGACAAAAUACGUAAAGCCUGUGCUUUCGCAAAGCCAAAGAAAAAAAACGUCAUCUUUGUCGAAUUGAUUCGCUGGCGACCACAACGACAUUCGCAACAGGAGAAAAAAGAAAUUAAACAAUAAUCAUAUAAAUGACAAGUGGUUGAUUUUGGUUUACUUUUUGCAACUGUUUCUAACGCUAUUAUAAAAAGAAAAUAAAAUUAUAAAAGUGUCAACAGGAAUACUAUAAAAAAACAGCCUAAAUAAGACGCAGACAAACAAGUAUGAACAGCGUUGUGAGCAGCACAGCGCCAAGUACAACGAGCUUCAUUGACCCGAAUGGCACAACAGCAGCCGCCAUCGCAGUUGCCGCAUCGACGAUGACCGAAUCGACCACGCUGAAACCGAGUAUCGUUGUACAAGCCAAACCAAUGCCGUCGCCCAUUGAUCCGCUCAGUCACGUCGGUGAUGGUAUCUUCCUGCAAACAAAAACCGCCCAAGGACUUGCGACCGUCUUCGUGUGGGUGGCACUAUUUAUCACAUGCCAACAGAUUUAUCAACAUCUUCGUUGGUACACAAAUCCACAGGAGCAGCGCUGGAUAGUGCGCAUCCUUUUCAUUGUGCCCAUGUAUGCGACAUACUCAUGGAUCAGUUUGUUUUUCUUCAAUUCGGAUAAUGUGUAUGUGUACUUCUUUACCGUGCGCGAUUGCUACGAAGCUUUUGUCAUCUACAGUUUCUUGUCGCUGUGCUAUGAGUACCUUGGUGGCGAGGGCAAUAUCAUGUCCGAGAUACGCGGCAAGCCCAUCAAGAGCUCGUGUCUGUAUGGCACCUGCUGUCUGAAGGGCAAGACGUAUACAAUCGGUUUCCUGCGCUUUUGCAAGCAGGCCACAUUGCAAUUCUGCUUGGUGAAGCCGCUGGUGGCAUUCAUUAUUAUAUUCCUGCAAGCCUUUGGCCACUACCAUGAUGGUGAUUGGAGCGCAAACGGUGGCUACAUUUACAUUACAGUUAUCUAUAAUAUAUCCGUGUCUCUUGCCCUCUACGGUCUAUACUUAUUCUACUUCGCUACGCGUGAUUUACUCACACCAUUCGAGCCUGUAUUGAAGUUUUGUACAAUCAAAUCGGUUAUUUUCUUAUCGUUUUGGCAAGGUGUUAUGUUGGCCAUUUUGGAAAAGGCCAAGGUCAUCUCGCCAAUUGUGGACAGCGUCGGCACUGUCACCUCAGCUGGUACUGUUUCGGCGGGCUAUCAAAACUUCUUCAUUUGUAUUGAAAUGUUGUUUGCUGCGAUUGCCUUGCGCUAUGCAUUCCCCUAUCAGGUUUACGCGCGCAGCUGCAUUGCCGAUGGCCAAGGUCGCUCUGUUACCAUGCAAUCAAUUUCAAGCAGUCUUAAAGAAACUAUGAAUCCCAAGGAUAUUAUGACAGAUGCUAUACACAAUUUCCAUCCACAAUACCAACAGUACACGCAAUACAGUUCCGAAGUUACCUCGUCUCAACGUUAUGAAAAACUUUAAAAUCAUUGUCUGACAAUGCGCUAAUGAGCCGCCGAGCGGAAGACAUAAAAUGUUGUGAGCGUUGAAGAGGGCGAACAGAAACAGAAACAGAAUCAGAAAUAGUACUUACUUAUAAUUUAAUAAAUAUAAUUAAAAAAAAGCAAAAAAAGACGACGAAAUCAAUUCUAAAACAAUAUUUCUCUAGUGCUAAUGCGUUAACAAAAUGCCUUUGCGAAGUGCAUUUGCUUACCAAAAUUGCCUUAUACAAAACACACACGAGUACACAUAAAUAUAUAUUUAUACAUUAAAAUACUGCUAGCGAUUAAAAGCGAUUAUCAAUAAAAGAACAGGAUGAAUUUCAAGCAAACGAUAAAAAUGGCGUAGCUCUUAAGUUGAACUAAAAUAUAAUUAGACACACACACAUGCACACAUGCGUGUAUUGCGAGGGAGGUAUGCGUUUUUCGUUCAUUUUCUAAAUAUAUGUAUGUAUGUACACCGCUUUUAUUUUAUACUUUUAAGUUUCUACAAGUGUUGCUUGUUUAGCGUAGCUCAAGGUGCACCUGGACCAAUGCACUGCCUCGUUAUAUCUAACAAGAAGGGAGAAAAAACAUUAAUUUUUAUUGAUUACGAAAAGAAAUAGGAAAUUUGCCGCAAUACAUUCCUCUUUAAGCCAACUAUAUUCAAAAAAUAUUCCUGUUGAUCGUAGCUUGAUUCAUAGUUGAUAUGUAUUUUGAUUUUUUUUUUAAUUUUGAAUUCUUACUUUUUUGUAGCUCAUGUUUAUACAAUUUUACUAUUCAUGCAGUUUUUAAAAUUUUUCUUAUUGUUUGCCCACUAGCUAGGUUAUUAUUACUACCCAUGAAUUUAUACAUUAUUAUAAAGCAAUUAAAAAAUGUGUUUACCAAUAUAUCAUCUACGCAUAUAUGCAUAUUUAGCUAUAAUUCUGUACUUGUUUGAAAUUUCGGCUUUCCAAAAAGAAAAAGCCACCUACCUUCGGGUACUUAUUCAAUGAAAACAAAUAACGUUACUUUAGUAUGAGCCUAAAGCACAAAGUACUUAACUUGCACAAUGAAAAAAUUGAAAUUUUUUUUUAUAAAUUUUUUGUUUUAAAGUUGUGUUCGCAUUGUUCUUUACAUUUCUGGUGCCGUUAGUUCUACAUAAUUUUUCUCUACACAGUUUAAUUUUCUUUAGAAGAAUUUGACUGACACAGAAAGAAAUGGCCUUUUUACCCAAAAACUAAGGGCCACGUCGAUUCCGUUCCGACAUUGUUGUUGUAACAACUUUAAUCAUUGCCAAAACGUUUUUUUAACUUCUAGUUGUUCUAUGCCAAUUCUUGUUCUUACUACGAGUACGUGAUCUGAGUUAUGUAGAAAAUUUUUGAAAUCUGUUCUAUUAAAAACCUAUAUUUGCACGGAUCCUUUUUCAUUUCAAGUAUUUCUCCUGUUUCAAACGUUCAGGCAUUACAAUUUCAAAAAUUCGAAAAUCAAUUUCGAAAUUUUAUCUAAGCAUUUAGUUUUGCUGUUGCUGUGAGGGAAUAUUUCGCUUUAUAUUUAUCGGAUUUAAAGAAAUAUAUAAUGAUUUUAUUUUUAUUUUUUGCCAAAAGCGCAGAUUUAUAAUUUAUUAACAUUUAUCAAAAUUAUUUGCAGUUGUCGCGCUUCACACAUUGCUCAAAAAAAAAAAAAAUUAUAAAAAAAAUUAAAAAAUUAUUUAACAAAUAUAAAAAAAAAAUAUUAAUAUUAAUAUUGCCAUUGCAAAAUAAACUAAUAAUAACAUUUUGAUUGCUUAAAUUUGAUCUGUAUUAUUUAUAUUAUACUAUUUUUGAUAUUUUUGUUUUGUUUAUUUUUUUAAUAACACUAAACUAAAAGAAUAAAAAAUUAGCCACCAUAUAAACAGAUUUUUAUACACCUUUUUGGUUCUUUAUUUAAUAUUUGUAUACUUUUUUGUAUAUACCGUGUUUUUGCUUCUUUGAACACACAUACUACUGCAUUGCACAAUAGUCUUUUUUAGCUUUUAUGUGAUAGCCUUAAACAAUGCGCAUGUGAAAAUUUUACGCAUACCUUGUACAAUGUUACAAUUUUAUUGUACUAAAGAUUAUUUACCACAUAUACAUAUAUGGAACUUUGUAAAUUAUAUGAAAUUUGCUUAAAAAAGUAAUUAUUUUUAAAUGAAAUAUUGUAUGAAUUUUUAUUAUAAAUAUUAAAUAAAAGAUGUGUGCUUAAGUAUGA